AUGCUCACCCCUGAGGAAGGUGCUAAUUAUCUUCAAGGGAACGUUUUACAUCUGAAUGAUUUCAAGAAUGUUCGGCUCAUGGGACCGCAAACGAUUCAGUUGGAUAGCACUACGAUGAGCUUGAUCAAGUCAUAUCUUGAAUUCUUGACUAACACAGUAAGAGAACAACCUAGCAAACUCCUGCGGCGCAUUUUCAAUAGACAGCCAGGUGAGUACGAUUAUACAAGUGCGAGCAAUAGCUUCAGUCAAGUUAUAUCAAAACUGUUCAUGAAGUACAAUGGAAAGCCAAUGUCAAUGAAUAUGAUUCGACACAUUGCUGAGUCUCAUUUAAUUCAAUCGCCAACAUAUGGUAAGCUCACCAAUCGCGAGAAGAAUGAUUUACAUGCAAAGCUACUCCACAGCACCAUGGCUGCUAACACGAGCUAUAACAAAAUCGAAAAUCGAUCAAAUGCAUCCAAGCAAAUCGCAUCAGUUGAGCCAGAUACAUCCUUUGAACCAGAGACAACGUUUGAGCCUGAGCCAGCACCUGUUGCAACGCCUGCUGCAAAGACUCCAAGCAGACCUAGAGACCGUCGGGAACGCAUAUUCCAUGGUGAUUUCACUCCUUCAGGUAGCGACAAAACACUUGAGAUUGAUAUCUACGAGAAAUAA